AUGCAAAAUAACGACACAGAAUUAGAUGCGAUUUUUGCUAGGACAUUGCAGUUACAAUAUGAUCAAGAGACAAUUCUUACAAAUGCAAGAUAUUUCGAAUAUGAAGACGAUGAAAAUGAUGAAUCAUUUGAAGAAGAGCAACAAACUAGAGAAAAUAUAGAAAACGAUUAUGCCAUUGCUAUGCAGUUACAAGAAGCAUUGAACGAAGAAGUAUUAAAUGAAAAUACAGAUGAGGAUUCUCCUCGUACGAAUCAAUAUGGUCAUUUCAGAGGAAAUUUCGGACGUUAUGUAAAUGAAGCUACAGAAUCAAAUCGAUCAUAUUACAGCGAAGAUCUGAAUGAUGAAAGCGAUGAUGAUUUAAAUAAAGACCUUAGGACGGUCAUUAAUCAAUUUAAAACUAGGUUAAUUCAAAAAUAUCCGCAUACAAAUAGAAAAGUUAUUAGAUUAUCUUCAAGAAAUCAAUUACUUAUGUUUUCGGAAUUCAUUGAAGCUAUUAAACUAUUUAAAGAAGUAGACUUUAUACAACGACCGAGAAUUGAAUUUAGAAAUGAGCCUGUUAUUGAUGGUGGUGGUGCAUUUAAUGAUACUAUUCGUCAGAUUCUAGAUACAUUUAUGUCAUUAGAAAAUCCUGAAUAUGGUGGUAAUGGUCGUUUGUUCACUGGCGAUAGUUCUAAAUUAAUCAGUUCAACCGCUCCAAUAAGCGUUUUGGAUGAACUUAAUAUAUUUGGAGAUAUUCUAUUUUUGGCUAUAAUUCAUGAAGCUCCAUUCCCUGUAGAUUUAGAUAUUAUCUUGUUCAAAUACUGUCUAGAUCUUGAAAGUACUAUUACACUAAAGGAUGUUGAAAGGUUCAAUCCCGUAAUGUGUAACCUUGCCAGGAAUGUCUUAAAUGCCGAUCCAGACGUCGAUCUGUCUACUAUUGAUGGUUUUGACCAAUGGGCUGAAGAUAAAGAAAUAUCUAAAAUACAGAAACAGGUGUAUUCUCGGUCAAGAGAAAAUUUAAGAAAAUUGGCCAGAGAAAUCAGUCAUGAUGUACUAAUUCACUGUCGAAUUAAACAGCUUAAUGCCAUCAAACUUAAAUUAAAUAAGUUUGGCUUUUUAAAUGUUGUUAAGGAAAAACAAAUCGGAAUUGAACAAAUAAAAGAUUAUUUUUAUCAGGAUUCCAUAACAUUUGAGGACAUUAUCCGAAAGUUAGUUUUUGCCCCACCUCAUUUAAAUAGACGUCAAAACAUGGUUAGGAAUUGGCUUAAUGAGUGGUUGCGGGCACAACGAAAAGAAGAAUUACAAGAAUUUUGCAGAUUAACUACUGGUUUCAGUCAUCCAAGAGAAGAAAUAACGGUGACUUUUAAACCUUAUAUUGCUCGGGAGAAUAGAGAAGCUGCACUUACACCUAGAUUUCAAACGUGUUUUUCGGAAAUUAAGAUCUCUGAACAUUUUAAUUCAAAACACGAAUUUUUUGCAAUUAUGAAUGCGCAAGUUAACAAGAACCUUCAUGAUAGUAGAUUUACC